AUGAAUUUGAAGGCCUUGAGAUGGCAGAUCCUUAGUGGAUCAAUAGCCAGGCGUGUGCUUCUACGCGCAUUAAUGCUCGCCACGGCUAUUUCCAUCAUUCCUUUGUUGCAGAUCUUAUCUGGGUCUGAUCCUGGAUUGUUGCUUGAUUCUGUGAGGUAUAAUGAAUGUGAUGUGCCCUUUAUGUUUAUGGGCUCAAAUUUGUUAAAGAAUCGAUUUUUGAAGCCAAUCUGGGGCUCAGUUGAUUGCAAGGAAGAUGUGAAUGUGACUACUAAUGUUGCUAGAGAGCUAAUGGGUAUGCAAAUGAUAGAUUCUACUGCGAAAGCUCUCUGUGUUGGUGAAGGAUCGGCUCCUGCAGUUUAUGCAUUGCGAGAAUUAGGAUUUGUUAAUGCUUGUGGGGUUCACAGACACCCCCUUUUCUCUCUUAAGCAUAAGAGGAUGGUUUAUGAGCUUGAAUAUGUAGACAAUUCCUUUGAUUUUGUGUUCUCAGGAGACCUAGACAAGGUUUCGGUCCCAGCUACUGUUGUGCUCGAGAUCGAGCGUGUACUUAAGCCUGGUGGAAUUGGGGCUAUGCUUGUUGGUGCUAAAAGUUUGAACGCCAAUAGCCUGAUUAGGUCUGCCAUGCCUGUGUCAUCAUUAUUGAAGAAUUCCAACAUUGUCCAUGUUGGUUAUGUCAAUGAGUUUACACUUGUUGUUUUCAAGAAAAGAAUUUACAGUGUUGGCUACUUUCAGCAGUACCAGCUGCCAGCUGAUUGCCCAUCUAUCAUGAAUAAUAGACCUCAUUUGGAGAAUUUAGAACCCCUCACAGGGAAUAAACAAGUGGAACAUGAGAAAAGCGUAGCUUAUUUGCCCAAGCUCAUUGAUGUGGCCUCUAGGAAGCGUUUAGUUUAUAUCGAGGUUGGGGGAGGGGAGCAUAUGAAUUCUAGUGUUUCAAGUUGGUUCUUGCCAUCUUAUCCCGUGGAUCACAAGGCCUUCAGUGUUUAUUUUGUUGACCAUAACACUUCGGUCCUGCUUUCUUGUGUUAAAAAGCCCGGUUUUACCUUCAUUUAUUAUCCAGGCCUUGCCGGAGAUGAGGCUGCUCUUAAUCCCGAUGUGGAAGAGUUCGAUCCAUCCGUGGGAGAUGAAGGGUUUGAUUUUCUUGCUUGGUUUAAAGAAACAGUGCAGUAUGCUGACUUUGUGGUUUUAAAGAUGAAAGCAGGGGAGGUAGAACUGAAAUUCCUGUCUGAUUUGUUCAAAAGCGGAGCUGUAUGCUUUAUUGACGAGCUGUUCCUCAGUUGCUCAGACGAGGAUGACGAAAAAGGCCGGAUGAAGGGAGACUGCUUGGACCUCUUCAAGAGCCUUCGAACGAGCGGUGUGUUUGUCCAUCAGUGGUGGGGAGAUUAA